AUGGCGAGGGAAUCUUCAAUAUUUAAGUCGCGAAAAUCAAAUGGAAAAAUCUCCACAAAUAGCGCGACGUUAGCCACGAAUGGUGGGGACAGUGAAGAGGAAGAGGAAGAAGAAUCUUUGAUCUCAUCUACUACACUAUCAAAAAAGAAUAAAAGUUUUGGCAAGAAGCGAAAACGAAUGGGCGGCGGAGGCACCGGGAAACUAGCGAAAGUUGCUAUCAAUAUUGGGAUGGACACAGACACAAGCGAGGAUAGCGAUAGCUUCAAGCCGCCGAAGAAGGAGGUAAAGAUAAGGAGAAACAAGGCGAAUGUUCAGCUAUUGGGUGAUAGUGAUGUUGAUGAUGAUAAAGUAAAAGGUGAUGGUGACAGUGAAGAUGAUGAUUCUUAUGAUGGUUUGAAUUUGAAGAGAUUGGUGAUGAAACAGAGGAACCAAUAUCAGAAGAAAAGUGGGUUGGAUAAGCAAAAGUCGGAAACAGUACUGGAAGAGCCCGGAGAAGUACUCCAAGAAACUCCAAAACCCAAGGAAAAUCCAGCUGAGAUCGAUAUAUAUAUGGGUGAUAGCGAUAAUGAUGGUGAAUCACAAGAUGUGCAUGAUGAAGAAGAGAUCAAAGUCUACGACGAUACAGAAAUUGCAAAAAUUAAAUCCCAGAAAUUGUACCUUCGAAACAAGCAAUCUGAGGCUCAAGAAAGAAAAAAAAUUAUAAAUUCUGAUGCCAUUGAUAUUGAGAUGUCGGAUUCUUCAUCAGACGAAGAAAGUGAGGACAGUAAAGAGGACCAAAAGCUUGAAGGCAUUGCCGCUUCUGACAUGAUUCACAAUGAACCAGUGGAGAAAAUGCUUGAGAUUGAAAGUAAACUAUAUGAGUACAACCUUGAUAACAUAGAGGAGGAUGAAGAGGUUUCUCGAUGGGAAGCUCAGAGGAUAUAUAAUGCUAUUACAGUGCCAAUCACUAAUAUAUUAUCUGAGGAAGGAAAAGAACAAGACAAGAUUUGGAUAGAUGGAGCCUCCGAAAAGAAAGAACAUAGAGGGCAUGCAACGAACCUUGGAGGAGGGAACCUAGAUGAAAUACUGAGAGGGGACUCUCUCAAGGAGAAUUUUGAAGGGAUUGAAGUUGAGCUAAAUGGGAAUUCAAAGUUACAAGAUAUUCGAAAUUACCAGCGGGCACAAUUACAAAAGAAGGAGUUAUUUGAUACUUUCCCAAAGUUGAGUAGUGAUUACCAAAGGAUCAAGCAGGAGAUGCUAGCGGAAAAUGACCUGUUUGGUGGGCACUUGAUGAAACUUGAGAAGUUGCAAGAGGACCUCACAAACUUGCGGGAGGAGAAGAGGAACACGGUUGCAGAUUUGGAAUAUGACUUUGAGGACCUGAAGGAUCAACUAGAUGACAUCAAAGAACGACUACAAGAACUAUUUAUAAGCUUUGAGAAUAAAUAG